AUGGCCACUUGCGUUUUACCAGAUGAAGUUUUCGAAGAAUACAAAAAAUAUAAAAAUAUUAGAAGCCCAAAAAACACUGCUAUUGUUUUUAUGAUUGACCAAAAGAAUGCUCUUUUCAAAAUCGAAGAAGUUUUUGAAGAUAUGUCAUUAGAAAAAUUACAAGAUGAACUUUCAAACUCAUCACCAAGAUAUAUUGUUUAUAUUUAUAAACACACCCAUCCAGAUGGUCGUCAAUCAUUCCCAAUGACUUUUAUCUAUUUCAUGCCAAAAGGUAUUUCACCAACUGUUGCCAUGACAUAUUCAGCCAACAAACAAAACCUCUUUAACAAAUUAGAAGUUCAAAAAUCAUUUGACGCUGAUGAUGUUGAACAAUUAACUGAACCAUGGUUAAUCGAAAGAUUACGUAAAAACUAA